GCAAGAAACUGAAGCACACGUUAAUUGUACAGCAGACGUUUAAUGAUGUGUCUCAACACCAAACGUAAAAUUAAGAUACUGCUUACAAACGUAUGAAGAAGUUUGGAAUUUUACGUCGUAAUCGUGGUUGUCGAGCUGACAGACGGGUCAAGUCCAAGGUCAAACGCAGUUCAAAUUUUAACCUUUCAUCUUUGGUGUGGCUCAAAUGACCUCUUAACUCUACUUAAAAAGUCAUAGUUCAGUUAAAGUUGCCGUUUGGAAUGCCCAAUUUGUUUGCAACAAAACUAUACAGUUCCACCAAUAUGUAGUUGAUCAUGAUGUCAACAUCAAUUCAGUUACAGAGACAUGGCUUCAAGUAAAUGAUAAUUCUCCAAUCGCAGCUUGCAAACUAAGCAGUUAGCGGCUCUUUUCAUUUCCUCGGAUUAAUAGCAGAGGUGGCGGUGUUGCUGUUAUGACACGAUUUGCAACAAACUGCCGUAGACUCGACCAGUUUCGAUCAUUUGAAGCUUGUGAGGCCAUCGUCAAGUUACCUUUGAAGACAAUCACGCUUCGUGUCAUCUAUAUGCUACCCCCUAGUCCGAACAAGCAGUUUUUUUUACUGAUUUUUCAACUCUUGUUGAGCAGUACUCAUUGUCCUCCAAUGUCAUAAUUACAGUUGGCUUCAACAUACGAUUAUUUUGGGAGAGCAGUGGCUCAGAGAAAGCAGCUUAGCUCAGAUCACUUGGCAUCGCUGCUCGUAUGUUUCAGCUACAGGGCUGAAAUGUUUCAACACCGCGCACCGUCAGAUGAGAUAUUUCAGCAGUUCGUCCCGUGCAAAUUAACGCAGUACACUAAUUCGGAAACGAGUAGGGGUACAGUCUCUCGGUGUAUUGUCCAAUUACCACAAGAAUGACCCGCACUGGAGGAUAAAAGGAGAAACCUAAAAAAUCAAUUAGAUUGGUGUUAACAAUGGCAAACAACAACAGUAGUUUAUUGGAAGAAGAGAAAGACUGGGAUGCAGUUAUAAAGCCAUUUUUGUAUACUGACGCAGAAAUAUAUUUAAUGUAUAUUUUUCUUCCAAUUGUUGUCCUCACCGGACUCAUUGGUAAUGCAUCUACUAUCAUUGUUCUUACUACCAAAACGCGCAUGGGCAACCCACUAAAUAUCUAUCUAGUAAAUCUUGCGAUUUCUGAUAGCCUAUUUCUAGUCGUAGCCUCGACAUAUAUGUGGUUUACUCUCACUCAAAGUCCAUUUCAUAUUUUCUAUGACAAUCGGGGUGUUUCUGUAGGUUAUUGUAAAUUCAAUGCAUUAGUUGUUGACUGGACAUACAUGGUUUCUGCGAAUAUCGUUUUAGCCAUUAGUGUCGAACGCUUUUUAGCAAUUACAAAACCUCUGAAAUAUCGCUCGUAUGUGUCUAAAAAGCGCACAAUAAAAGUAUGCUGCGCUAUAUGGAUCAUUUCUCUGAUAUGUCAAGUUCGAAAUACAGUGACAAUAGGUAAAGUGGAAAUAGCAUUUUCAUGGCCAGAUAUGUGGAACGGUGUUCCAAGCACAUCGUCGGUAUGCGUUUACUGUAGCGUUGCCGAAUUUAAUGUUAGUGUAUGCAGUAUUAUUGUAGAUUUGGUUACAGCAGAAGUUGCACUUUACUUAGUAUAUCUUAUGUUAAUGAUUCCUCUCUACCUUGUGAUGAUUUUGUCUCUGUAUCAACCUCUUUCUAAGAAAAAGCAAGAGAUCUCUUCUGCAAGUAAUCGAACCAACUAUGAGCGGAAAGCGUUAAAAACUGUCAUAGUGACUGUAGUUGUUUACAUUGUCCUUACGGCUCCGAACAACAUGCUUUGGAUAUAUGGCUAUAUAAUCCCUAAUGCUAACUACGAUGUUAUAACAUCGUUUGCUAAUGUGUUUAGAUAUUUGGCUUUUGUUAACACCUCUGUUAAUCCCAUCAUAUACAAUAUUUCAAAUGACACAUACAGAAAGGGAUUUCUGCAAUUGUUUGGCGUUUCUUCUGGCACUGUGAAUAAAAGAAAUCGUGUCCAGACACCAGCAAGAACAUCAAUUUCUACCAUUUCUACUUCAUUGUAACAUUUUCAGAAGUGAAAGUAUGUUUUCUAUCUAUAUUUAUUACAAUCAAAAAUAUUGUCAUUCAUGGUGCAAAAUAGUACCAUUUGUUUUAAAAUCGGACAUGUCUCCUAAUGAUUCCAGCUACGUAAUUGGGACCGCUCAUGUUUAAUAAAUUCAAGAAAUUUGCCUAAAGAUGAUCGUACAGUUAUGAUAACGAGACUCAGACUCAAUGAUCAUAUACUAGUCAUUAAUAUUCUGAAAUUGUGUAAUGAUCUGAAACAAUGUUCACUCUGUAUAAUUUUUCUAAAGGUUUGGUCUUGUACUUGAAAUUAUGAAUUAGAAUCUUAAAAAAAGAAAAGGUAAUUGUCCAAAUGCUUUUUCGAAAAUAUUUUGAAUAACAUUAGAAUGAGUCUAGAAAAUUAGUCUUUCUUUACAACAAUGAUACGCAAAAAGUGACUUUAAAUAUACCUUAGUGGCAACUGUGUAUAUGAAUUGUUAUACAAAGACUAAAUUACAUACUAAAAUGUUAGAUAUAGAUUAUGUUAAUAAUGCAAAUUAACUGGUUUAAAACUUAAACUUAAGUGUCAGGAGUGGACCCAGAGAUGUCAAAGGGUGGGGGGGGGGUGUGGGAAAUCGAGAUAUAACACUACACUAGGGGUCCGGGAAAUCUUUUUUUUCUAGACGCCCAAAAAUUACCUCGGAGGCGGCUUGGGUGAUCAAUAGUUCAUUUUUUUUCUUUCUUUUCUCAUUCUUUUUUAUUUUUCAAAAAGAGGGGCGGAGACGGCGCGCCCCCACUAAAUCCGCCCCUGAGUAUGAAUAUAUAGUGCACGGUAUUUACUUUUAUACUAUAUCAUAUGUGUAUGGUUAAAACACACAGUCACACCUAGUAAAAGUAAGCCUACAGUAGUUAAGAUUACAAGAAUAUUUAGUAGACCACUUGUAUUAAGCUCUCCACAAUAUCAUUUUCUCUGUGGCAAUGUCAAUUGUACGUACAUGGGCAUGAUGAUAACAUUACUCUACAAUGGAUAUUGGCAUCAUGAUGUCAACCACAUGUAUUUGUCAUAUCAACAUUGAUAAUGUUUCUAGGCCUUCAGGAUAUAUCUGUAUGUGGUGUAUUAAUCAAUUGAAUAUUUCGAUUCAAUUGUACAUUUAAUUAUUUUUUCAUAAAUCAUGUAGAUUAGAUCAGUUAAUCAUUGUUGUGGGGCAGUGAUAGAGAAAAAUUAUCUGGAGAUUUUAUUUUAAGAGUGACCGUAGAUGUACGAUGUAACGUAUGCGGUAAAUGGACAAUGGACAUUUCAUAAUGACUGUAAAAUGACAAUUUACUGCUCCAGUAGCAGCGAAUACAGAGUAGGUUAACGCAUACACUAGAAUACAAGAUACAAGAUACAAGUCAACUUUAUUGUCAAAAUAAUGCAUUCUGAGAUAUUUGUUGUACAUGACAUAGAAUCGUUCAUAAACAU